CCUGCAAAAACUAAAAUCAGAGUUGUUCGCUUAAAUGCAUUGACAACAAAAUAGAGUAAAAAUAAAUAGCAAAUGGCAAAUCGCACGGUUAAAGAAGCGAAAAACGUGCACGGCACAAAUCCGCAAUAUUUAAUAGAGAAGAUCAUACGCUCACGGGUGUAUGACUCCAAGUACUGGAAGGAACAAUGCUUUGCGCUUACCGCCGAGCUACUGGUCGAUAAGGCCAUGGAGUUGCGUUUUGUUGGCGGCGUCUACGGAGGAAAUAUAAAGCCGACGCAAUUUCUUUGCCUAACGCUGAAAAUGCUGCAAAUUCAGCCAGAGAAGGAUAUCGUGGUGGAGUUUAUCAAGAACGAGGAGUUCAAGUAUGUGCGUGCAUUGGGCGCCUUCUACUUGCGUCUCACAGGCGCCGCAAUCGAUUGCUACAAGUAUCUGGAGCCGCUAUAUAUUGAUAAUCGUAAGCUGCGUCGCCAGAAUCGUGCCGGACAGUUCGAGAUCGUCUAUAUGGAUGAGUAUAUCGAUGAAUUGUUGCGCAAUGAUCGCGUAUGCGACAUCAUUUUGCCGAGGAUACAAAAACGCUCCAUAUUAGAGGAAAACAACGAACUAGAGCCGAAGGUUUCUGUUUUGGAUGAGGAUCUGGAUGACGAGGUACCCAGCGAGGACGAGGCCAAAGACUCGGAAGAACUAGAUUCGAGCCGCCAGAAGAACAACUCCUCGAGUUCAGUGCGGCGUCCACGUCGCGGGCGCUCCAAAUCCAAAUCGCGUGAACGAGAUCGACGAGGUGCUCCUCCCAGCAGCAAUGCUCGCUCUAGGGAUUACUAUGAUGAGCUAGAAGAAUAUGAUAGACAGCGCAAUCGAGUGCGGACUCGAGACACACAGAAUCACAGCAGCAGCAACUACAAUGACGACUACGAUCGCCGCCAAUCAGGACGCAAUGAAAACCGAAGGGACGGAGAGCGAGACAGACGCGAUCGAGAUCGUGAACGGGAGCGUGAACGGGAACGGGACCGGGAAAGGGAACGUGAACGCGAACGACAUGGUGACAGAGAGCGAGAGCGAGAGAGGAACGGGGACAGAGAGCGUGAGCGGAACGGUGAACGUGAACGAGAGAGGGAACGAGACCGCAGCAAUCGUCACGAGCAUCGGGAUAGAGAUUCACGCAAUGAUCGCGAGCGACGACGCUACUGAAAUUGAUCACUAAACUAGACAUUUAACAUUAUUUUGUAAAGAGAUAAAAAAAAUUAAAAUUUGAAAAACAGUUAA